CGUCUCUCUUUCUUGCAAGUUUUUGGUCAAUCCAAUCGAAACCCAAAAACCACUUCCAUUCCUCUACACUCAUCAAUACUCUCAAGUCAACAACUACCCACCACUACUACUAUAUCCCCAUCUCUCUUCAAUACUUGCAAGUUUUAAGUAGUCUCCAAUCGAAACACAAAAACCACAUUCAUCCUUCUAGUCUUAACAACUGCUUACUAAUUACACUGGCUCUCCCAACCAUGGACGCUUUCAGCUUGCUCAAAUUCUGGCGAUUUGCCGCCGGAACCGUUGGAUGCGGCCAUUCCAACAACCAAACCACCGCUACCACCGAUGAUGUACGCAAUCAACCCGUGCAUACCACCGACGACGGCGACGAAGAAGAUUCUUUCUUCGAUUUGGAAUUUACUGCGCCUGGUAACGAACAGAUUAACAUCUCUGAUAGUGAUGAAGAUGUUGAAUCUCCCAAUGAUGUCAUCUUUGAAGGGAGAUUCUUUCCAUUGGAAUCAAAUUCAAAUUCAAAGCCUCAGUCUCCGAUUUCCUUCCUCAGAUCUCCUCCCAAGUUUCCGGUCUUCUUGUUGUUUAAGAAGCCUAAAUUGGAGAAAACAGAGACCGGCAAUGCCUCGAAGCAGUACCAACAGCAGAGCAAACGUUUCGCUGUGAAAUGCAAGGUUGAAGAGUUUCCCAUUUUCUCAUUGCUGGCUAGAGUAAACAGUUCGAGAAGCAAACUGCAGAGGAAGAGUUCAGAAGAAGAGGACGCUGCUUCAUCGAAGAGAUUCGCAAAGGACUUGGUCCACAAGUAUCUGAAUCUGAUCAAGCCUCUCUACGUUAGGGUUUCGAAAAGAUACAGCGAGUUUUCAACGGCGACUCCGUCAUCUUCUCUGGCACCGCUUCGAGUGGCGUGCAAGCAACUGGGGAAAAGCCGAUCGGUGUCGUCGGGCGCCGGAAUCAUGCCGAUAAAGAGAGGCGAUUCGGUGCAGCAGCAGCAGAAUGAUGGGAUCCAGAGCGCUAUUCUUCACUGCAAGACAUCAUAUAACUCAUCUAGAUCCAGAGAGUUUUCUCUACUGUCACGAUCCGCAAGUGAUCCUCCCCUCGAGAUCUCAGUCAAUGCAUCAAGAAAUUCCACCACGGAGGAGAAGAAAAGCAGCAGCAUUUGAACUCUGUUUUUCAGAUUCCGAAAGAGAGAUGGAAAAGAAAAGAAAAGAAAAGAAAAGAAAGGGCGGGAAAAUAUUUAUUACGAUGAUGAUGAUGAUUAGAUGAACAUGAACAGUUUGGUCUGCUUUUUUCUGAAAUUAUAGCAUAUAGUAGUGUAAUAUAUACGUAUAUAAGUCACCUUUUCUUUUCUUUUCUUUUUUUCUUUUGUGGUGUUGUUGUUGUGUGUGUAUAGAGGGAGUGGAUCUGUGGGAGAUAUGAUGAGCAGAGGAGAGAAAAGGGAAGGGAAGUAGGGGUUCAAUUGGAAUAUUGAUGAUCAUGAUAAGUAGUAGUUGUCUGUAAAGCGACUCAUCAUAUCGAAUGGGAAACUGGGAAGGAAUGAUUAAGGUC